GUCUGCUGUCAAAGCAGAAUGAACGACUACGCUGUCAGAUAAGCUACAACGAAAACGAUGCGGAUUGAGUUGAUAAUCGUACAAGUAGUCGCGGCAGCGAUUGCGGUAAACUGCAGCGACAUAACUCCAGCAGUGUUUGGUAAUGUACUGGACGGCAUGCCAGCCGCUUUUGGCGAUUUUAAUUCCGACGAGUUGACCGAUGUGUUCAUGCUGCGCGAAAACGGCACCACCGUCGAAAUCUUUCUUGCCGCUGAACAAGAACCUCUGCUAAGGCCGAGCUCCGAUUUGAGCUGUACCUUUCGACGCACAGUCGUCGGCAUCGUACCUGGAGAUUUUGACGGAGACGUAUUCAUGGAUGUGCUGGUGAUCACGUUCGACCGGGAGAACCAACUGUCGUAUGGUUACAUACUGUGGGGUGGAAACGGUCGGUUGAACUGUACGAACGAGGACCCUCCGCUUAUCAAAAUGAGAGGGCAGCCGUUGGCUCUCGAUUAUAACCAAGACAUGAUAAUAGAUUUAUUUGGCUUGGACGUCGAGUACAGGAGAACGUUCUGGGUAUUCGAUCAGAGCAGGGGAACACCUAAAUCGGUGCCAAUGAACACAUCGCGGGAACUAGGCCCCCAUCCACCUAUCAGUCAACCACACUCGAACGCCUACCUCGAUCUGAACAACGAUUUUUUGGCCGAUUUAGUUGUCACUAUGAGCAAGAGUUUCGAAAUUUGGUUAGGUAUCAGUAAUGGCUUCGAAUUUCAAGAGUCCAUACCGUUUCCCUAUGGUAUUACAUUGGAAGAGAAUUUCAGCGGCGUGAUCGGACAAACGCUCUACCUGGACGUAGAGUUGACGGGCAAAAUGGAUUUACUUUUGCCCCUCUGUUUCGACGACGCGUGCACAAACAGUACAAUCAUGAUGUAUUCCGACAAUUGGUACAAUUUACAAGUAAACUUCAGAGAUGGAGAUAACGUUUUGUGGGGUUUCGUGAAGCCCGACGGGCAACGAUACACCGAUACCAUUACCCUUCGCGGUGGUGACUUUAAUAUGGAUGGUUAUCCGGAUCUGUUGGCCACUUUAAAAUCGACCAACGGCAAACAGAAGCGCUCCUAUUUACUCGAGAACGUUGCUUGUGAUUCAUGUGUAAACUUCACUCGAAAAUUUGAGGUUAAGUGGCAGGCGUUGAAUCCAUUUCACAAUGAAACUGCAAUGGCCGUGUUCUACGAUUUCUAUCAAGACGGUAUUUUGGAUGUGAUCUUGGUGGAGGUAGAUAAAAGCAGCAACACCUAUCGCACAGCAGCGUUCAAAAACAGCUUGGACUAUGAUGCGAACUUUGUCAAAGUGAUGGUACUGACAGGACGCAACAAUAGCAUGUAUCCGAUUUCUCCGGGCUCGCUUGGCAAGAAGAAGAGAACUUAUGGGACCAAUCUUCCUGGUCCGUCGAUAGCCUAUCGGACCACCACUCAAGAUGGAAGUCCGCGAAACGCAAUCGCUGCUCAGCUGCCGCAAAGCGCACACUUCUCUUUGAAUUUACCCUAUACAACCUUUGGCCUCGGCAGAACACCUAAUUUUGUCGACGCGCUCACUAUUGGGGUUGCUGGUAGGUCUAGAGAGUGGCCUCAGAUCAUUCCAAAUUCCCAGAUGGUAGUGAUUCCAAAUCCCAUAUUAGAACCAUCGCGAUGGAAAGCGCAACUAUUCGUAACUCCAAGCAAAUUAAUUUUGCUCAGCGCCGCCGCCUUGACUGGCACCUGUGGCUUGAUAUCCUUGAUCAUAGUCGCUCUCUAUUGGAAGGAGCGAAGAGAAGAUAAGAUCGAAAAACUUCAAGAAGCGUACAGGUUUCACUUUGACGCGAUGUAAAGGAGAAUUUAACAGAGUCCGUUGUUAUCUUUAAGAAAUUGUAUUUAAUCGUUCGACCUGGUUCAAGUCGCUGAAAUAGGGAUGCGCCAUUGCUUCGUCCGCUGCUAACCGUAACGCUGGAUUACACACCAACAAC